CCACCCCACCCCCCUCUCCCGCACCUCUUCAACCGUGAAAGGCACACAGAAAUGAACAGGUUUACAGCGUCGGCGGGUAGUUGCGCAGAGUUGCCGACGGGUCAACACGUCCACGUAGCCCGUCAACUCUCUCGUCGCAUUUCUCAUCCCAUCCUCUUAUUUUUUUUUAUUAUUAUUAUUAUUUUCUCUUAUCUUUGCACAUGUUUCGUUGUCAGUUAUCGUGACGCGAUAACUGUAAAAUAUUAAAAAACGAACGAACAACAAAAAAGGACAAAUUUAAAAUUUUGGGUCUGCGUGGAUUUCAGUUCCGUUUCGAGUGUUCCGGCGUCCAGUCCUAGAAGAACGGUGUGUGUGUUUCGUGUAGUGUGUGUGUGUGGUGUGUGUGUGUCCCAUUCAGGUGGUGAAGUCAAUCCGGCCCGGCCGAAAAAAAAGAAAAUGCACCUGCAUUUCGAGGAGCCCAGCAGCCAACUGCGUUGCGAUUCGGUCAUCAAUUCACUUUCGUGGAUGGGACGUGUCCCUGACGAGCAGCCAGAGGGACACGGAUGGAAGCUCAACCGAACCAGCUACUAUCAAGAGGGCUGGUUAGCGGCUGGUAACAACCGGAGCGUCGUCGGAGUCACGUUCACCAGCACGCUACCUCAUCGCGUCAACAGCGGCCUCGGUUCGUUCAAUCCGCCGACGGAUAAUGAAAUAUCCGGCAGUCUACCGCUUCCGCCGGCUCCUCCGCACCUUCCACUGCCUCCGCGCACGAAUUACAACCUCCGUGGACAUCGUGCCCAGAUCAGUUUAGUGAGAUGGAACGAGCCGUAUCAGAAACUGGCCACGUGCGACGCAUCCGGCAUCAUCUUCGUCUGGAUCCGUUACGAGGGCAGAUGGUCCAUUGAGCUCAUCAACGAUCGGAACACUCCGGUGACCCACUUUUCCUGGUCUCACGACGGUCGCAUGGCAGUCAUCGCUUACCAGGACGGAUUUGUUCUCGUUGGUUCGGUUGCUGGACAGCGCUAUUGGUCGACGAUCCUUAACCAGGAAUCCAUCAUCACCACCGGCACUUGGACACCUGACGAUCAACAGGUUUAUCUGGGCACGUCGAGUGGAUCAAUCGUCGUUUUGGAUGUGCACAAUGGGGCCGUGAUAGCCCAAAUUCAAAUGUCGGAGCCGUCGAGUUCCCUGUCGCCCGGCUCGGUAUCGAGUAGUGGCAGCGCGUCAGCAGCAGCAGCAGCCAAUGGCAUCCGCCAGCUGGCCUGGAAUUGCCCUCGAUUCAAAAUGGAAGAACCGACGUCAACUGCAGCUACUACUUCAAACGGCACCGGCCGUCAGUCGGCAGGAGCUGACGGACAUUUACUUUCGUCCUUAUCCGGUGGCGUCGAGGAUCAACAUCACGUCCUGGCCGUCCUGACUGCCGGUGGCCGUCUGAGUUUGAUUAAAGGUUUCGACGAUGUUCAUCCCUGCUGCGCCCUGGACGACGAUGAUGAAGAUGAAACUGGCGGACACUGCGGCAAAGAUGAUCCUUGCUGGAACAAGGGACCCCUCUCUGCUCCCAUGAUGGAAUGGAAUAACGACGGCGAAUUACUCUGCCUCGGCGGUCACCAUCACGUCCAAAGCUCAUCCACCGCUGCACUUCAUCACUACGCCAACAUCCUGCAGUUCUACAACAGUCGCGGAGUCCUACGAUUCCGCAUCGCCGUACCCUACACGCAGGCUCCAAUUACAAGUUUCACCUGGGGACAUAACGAUCGUCGUCUCUUCGUAGCAACGGGAUGCACCGUUCACGUGGCUUGGGUUUCACCCCGGCGGAUUGCCUCACUCCAACAUUUGGCCAGACUCAAAUUGAGGCGGUGCCUAACCGGACCGGAUCAGCUGGACGACGCCACUUUCGCCGAUCGAGUGCCCAGACUCAUCCGCAAUCUGGUCGUUUCCCUCUUCUCCAGCACCGUCCACUGUCACGUUCCCGAGGAGCAUCGCAUCCGGGAUUAUGUCUGCAGACCGCCGCCGGGCAACACACGUCUCUACUGCACCAUGAUACGACGCGACGACGACGACUCUCCCGCUGCCGGCUGUCACGGAGCGGACGGCGUGAUCGAUCCGAUCGAUCCAGCCGCAGCGGCGGCUUCUGCAGCGGGCGGCGGCGGUGGCGGAGUGGGUUUCACGCUCUAUCUCGAAUUCCUCGGCGGACUCAUUCCUCUUCUCAAGGGUAAACCAACGUCGAGGAUAAGGCCGGAAUUUGUCAUUUAUGACCCGCGAAAAAACGCCAACAACGAGACCAACAAAGUCCAGCCGUUGCUGAACAAGAAUUCGGAACAUUUCUUGGCUCCGCCGCAACCAUCCGGCAGCAAAUUCCAGCAGCUACUUAGUCCGGGUCUCAGACGUAAAUUCCGGCGACAUCGUCCCGAUGACGAUUCAGAUUCCGAAACGGACGAUAGUUGCGUAUCGACUCCGAGACUCCACCGUAAGUUUGGAGGGAAGAAACAACUCAAUAAUCAGUCGGUCAAUCUUCCCAGUUCCGGGGAUGUCAGUGAAUCUAAAACGAAUAGCCAAGAGCAAUCGACGCUGGCCGAAGUGGCGUCCAACAUUUGGGGAACUCGAUUCAAAAUCACCGGAAUGGCUCCUUCCCUUCCGUCGCAUCUCGGUCAGAUUACGUACAAGACGUCGCUGUUGCAUCUCCAGCCGCGUCAAAUGACCCUGGGCGUGGUGGAUUUACGCGAUUCUUCACCUGGGCCUGAAGUCGACGAAGAACCUGGGCCAUCGCCCGUGUUUAUCUGCCCGUCGGAUGAUGAAGAACACGCGAAGGCCAACAGGGAACUGCCGAAUCGUCAGCAUCCGCCCAUCGUUCCACUGACGACACCCAAUUUGCGAUUGAGAAGGAAGGCCGGAAGGGGCCGGAUGGAACCACCGCCGUCACCGACUCACCAUCGCCGACCCGUCCAGCGACAACAGCAGCACCAGUCGACGCCGGAUGAAUUGCUGCGGAUCGAAUGGAAUAACCAAUCCGAGUCGAGAAUCGUUUUGUCAACACCAACCGUCCGGUGGCGCAGUCAAAGCGCUGGGCAUCUUGCGUCAACAGUCAACAGCAGUUGCAACAGUCGCCUAUCCGGCAGACGACGGAAGAGUCGUUCACUGGAUUCUAGUCCCGUCCUUGGUAGUAACCGGAGCGGCGGCCCGGGAUUGCCUGGAGUGCGCAGCUCGUGGGCCGUUCAGAUUACCCAGCCGCCAAUUACCAAAGGGAUGACGGCGGACAAGAAAACGAAUACCAGUUCGUUCCGCUCUCGAGUCGGCAGCCAAGUUUUGCAGGUCCAGCACGUUUCGGAUAGCGAAACCAAUAACAAAGUGAAUAAGGAAAAGCGGUUCGCUCUGGCCCGUCUUAGUCCACUGUUUGGUCGCAAGUGUCCAUCGUCGGCUGGGAAAUCGACAGCUGGCCGAUCCGAACCCAAUACUCCUAAUCCUAGUCCAUCCAUAGGCCGCCGCCGGAAUAAUUCAUCGGCUACCGCCAAAAGUGAACGACGCCAUCAAUCUCCCAUCCGGCAAUUGCUCAAUUCUCCGUUGCUCGCCAGACGCCUGGGCAAAAAUCGAUUCGCUACUCCGGCCGCUUCUGCAAUGACGAUGGAUAGCUCAGACGAUGAUAUCGACGACCCUCAGGCUACAACAGUACACAAUUUUCACGAUCUCGAAAGUUUUCAGAAAGCCCAGCUGCUCAAUAAGCUGCGACAGACUUGGAUAGCCGAAAAGAAUGCGGCAACAGCCAACAAAGUUGAAGAACGCGAGCCACCGGCCCAGACGAAACGAAGGUGCGAAUUUGUUCUGAAUAAUAAAGCCCCACUGUGGAACGAACACAGUCAGGUUUAUCAGCUGGAUUUUGGCGGAAGAGUGACCCAAGAGUCGGCGAAGAAUUUUCAAAUUGAAUUCAAGGGAAAACAGGUUAUGCAGUUUGGAAGAAUCGACGGAAAUGCCUACACCUUAGAUUUCCAGUAUCCGUUCUCGGCUGUCCAGGCAUUUGCUGUCGCAUUGGCCAAUGUGACUCAACGACUGAAAUAAUUCAUUUAAAGAAAAAUUGUUUUUCAAACACACUAAUAAAGUCCAGACAUGAUCAACAUUCCUCUUGUGAUAUUAUUCGUAAUUGGUGAGAAUUGAUUUCACUUGUCAUUUCCCUUGUUUAUUAUUAAAAUAUUUCCAAUACACGUUCAAUGG